AUUACUUUGUGAGAAUUGAGAUUGUGAGUUGACAUUAGGUGUAGAGCCUUGUGGACUUGGUCCAGUGGCAUUCGGGUAAAGAUGUACGUACAUGGAAUCUGGGAUCUGAUCCGUAGGAUUGGAGGUUCCACCCAACCGGCGCCGUAGGUACCGGGUUGACCAGAAUCAUGGUCGUAGGUAGUGGUUCUGAUGUCAUAGAAUAGACUUUGAGUCAUGGCCGUAGGAAAGUUGAUCUAUAUAAAAUGAGCGAAGCUUCGAACAACCAAAUCGAGACCCAUGACAUGGAACAAAACGCGGAGGCUCAGCAGGACCCGGUUAUGCCUGCGUUCUUGACGCAAUUUCUGCAGCAAAUGGCGAACGCGCGAAUGUUCCAGCCACCGCCUCCACCGCCUCCUAGGCAAAUCACAUUGAAAAUGCUGAAGGACAAUGGUGCUGAAGAGUUCCAUGGGAAUAGGAUCUCUGAUCCCCAGAUUGCACUAGACUGGAUUGAACAGACAGAAAGAGUGUUGAAGAAUCUGAGUGUUCCAGACGCGAGACGUCCUGAGCUUGCUUUCCUGCUCCUUCGUAAGGGAGCAUACGAGUGGUGGAAGCGCGUAGAUGAGAAAGCACCUAAGCCUUGGACAUGGGAGCAUUUUGAUUGGGCAUUCAAGAAGGAGUACAUACCAGCUCGCUUCAGAGAGGAGAAAUGCACGGAGUUUAUGGAACUAAAGCAAGGAGACAUGACUCUCCCCGAGCUUCGACAAAAGUUCAAUCACCUAGCUCAGUUUCCGACUACGCUGGUAUCCACGCCGGCAGAUCGUAUUGAAGAAUUUUGUAAGAGGCUGCGUCCCGACAUUCGGCCAUAUGUAUCCACCCUAACCACUACAGACUUCUCUAAGGCUUACGAUCUAAUGGCUAAGGCUGAAAAAGACGUUGACGACUAUAAGGCUAGUCUGAAGGCCGAAGAGGCAGGACCAAGUAUGCACCCCACUACUCAUCCCGCACCUUUAGGAGCUGUAAAUCCAGUUUUUGCAGAGGACUCUCUCUUUGGUUCAGUCCGCCAGGUUGCAGAAAACGAGGGAGAUAGCAUUUGUGUUAAUCUUCCUCUUAGAACUAGUUCGAGUAGCAAUGUCUCCCAAGGAGACAAGGAUAUUGUUCUGGAACAGACCCAAUUUGUUGAAGGAACUGUCACAGAGGCAAUCGAUAAGCCAGAAUCUGUUGAGAGUCGAGGGAACUCUAACAUUUCUUCUUGCUCCUUGGUGAACGAGGGUGCUUAUAUUGAUUCCCUGAAAGGAAGGAAGGCAGUAGCAGGUAGGCAUGAUCAAGUUCAUAAGCUCCUUUCCCCCUUUGCAAAGGAAUUUAUCCCCCAAUCCAACUCUUUUAGCACUCUUUCGCAUCUUGGAACAGAAGAAAAUGUUUUGGUUAUGGAGGAAGAUCCUUUCAAACAUUUAAAUGAAAAAAAUUUGGUUCUUCAUUUUAAUGCUCUUGAAGAGAGAAUAUCCCUAAGUGAUGAACCCAUUUGGUACAACCAUUCGGAUGAUGAAGAUGCCCCAUUCUUUGUGUCAAAAUUAAGGCCUUUAGCAAUCGAUCUUUCUAGAUGCUCGAAAAUCUCUAUGGAUUUACCAAAAGUCUUUAAACGAAGGAAACUCUUCUCUCCCUCGCAGAUUGUUACACGUAGUAAAGCCAAGGUUCUCUCCUCGUGCAAGAGCAUUCUCCCUUCGGCCAAGUAUGUAUCAUAAUCUGAUGAUAAUUUUGUUAGUGAAUUUGAAGGUACUCUUGAUAAUAUCUACCGACCGAUUAAAGGUCAAGAACAGUU